AAAAACACCACAGAAGAAGAGCGUCGCCUGGAAACUGGCUGAAGCUUGAGGAUGUUCAACAGAUAUGCAGCUAUGUAGCUGCAGCGUGACCUAUGUCGUCCUUUUGAACUCGCUGGUUCACAGAAGAGGUUUAACGUUAGAAUGCAGCAGCAGCUGGAAUGUGUGUCUCUGCAGGUGUGUGUGAGUGUUCUCGGGCCGCUGGAGUCUGUAGUCCGCCGGUGUCUGGGUCCAGAGGGCGGCAGUGUGCUGUUCACUCGUGACACCGGGGAAACACUCAUCAGCAGACAUGGACAGAGAGUUCUCAGCACACUACACCUAGAGCACCCUAUGGCCAGGAUGGUGUUGGACUGCGUGUGCGCACAUGCUAAAUCCACUGGCGACGGCACAAAGUCAUUCAUUCUCCUUCUGUCUGCACUAUUGCGAGCAAUUCAAGACUCUGCACACAUGCGCCGCAAAGCAUCUUGGAGCAACCCUGCUCUUCAAAAUCUUGCUAAUCGCUUGAUGGCGCUCAGUAGGAAUGAGCUGGAUGAUAUCAUAAUACACCAAGUUACCCCAUAUGCCUCAUCAUACUGUAGUCACCAUAGCGACAAACUGGAGCACAGCAUCCUAGAUUAUUUGAUCAGCGGGUACAUUUCUGGAAGAACAGGAGCUGGCCAGGCGGAAAUCCUUAAACAUAUCCUGUGUGAGUUUUACUAUAAAUCUAAACGAGAUCAAAACACAACCGAAACAAUCUCAUUCAUUCAUUCACACUUUAAUGUCUUACAUACGCGAGUGGCCGGACUUCCUGUUGGCUGCUCUGAGGUGAUUGAAGGCCUGGUUGUGACUCGUGAUUGGUCAGUGUGGACUGAAUUGCGAGGUCCAAUAAAAGCGCUAGUUUUAUAUGAGAGUUUUGGAUCAUCUCUUGGUGAUAAUAUAACCGUAUGCUUUCAGCAAGACUGGUUGAGUCGCACAGAGAGCAUCACAAAGCAAAAGUUAGCAUAUUUACUAGAAUUACAGGUGAAUGUGGUGCUGUCUUCUGUAAAGCAGCCGGAGUGUGUGUUACAAUGGGCUCGAAUGAACCACGUCGCUCUUCUUGAGUGUGUUGACUCGGACCAAUUAGACUUUCUUUGCAACAUCAAUUUUCCAGAAACUCUUUCUCAUCCGCAACACAUUGUGAUGUUAAAAUACUGUAAGCGUUUGCAACUGGGUGGGCUUCGCUGCGCCCAAUUGGGAAUAUAUUCAAACGCGCACACGCUUGUUCUUUGCGCACCGGCGCCAGGAUUGCUUGAUCAGACUGUGUGUGUAAGUCGAGGUGUGUUUUUAAUGUUACAACAUAUCACUCGAACCCUAGAAUCCAAUCAAUUCAAGAGUUCUUCUGUUGACCAAUCACAAUGCACCGUUUCAUCUCAGGAUCUAUGGAGGGCAGUUAUGCAGGCUGGCGGAGUUUUGCCUGUCGGUGGUGUGUUUGAGUUCCUGCUACAUCACUUUUUGUUGACCAGGCAUACCAGUGACCCGGAGAGCUGCAGGUUGCUGGCGGAGGCUUUGUUGUGUGUGCCUAGAGCUUUGUAUGCGCACAAUCACAGACGUUUCUUGAACAUCCAGACUUGCUUCUUCAAUGAUCUUAAGAAAUGGGAUCGAACCAGCGUUGGAGACCCUGUGAAAUUUGAGUUUGGGUUUAGUGAGGGUUUGUGUCUGGAGUCGGUCAGUGGUAAACAGCAGCUGGUUGUUUCUGUGUUGGAGUGUUUGCACAGACUUUUAUGUGUAGGGGCUGUUUUAUACACACGCUCUCUGUUACGCCCUCAGAUUUACUCUGAGGAGGAUGAGGAAGAGGAGGAAGAAGUGCAUACAAACUCCAUUUAGACGUAAGUGAAGCCUGUAAUAUUUAUUCUUAAGCACAGAGACCUCUGGUCAAUGUUUAUAGUUGAACUUAAAUAUCUGAAGUGCUCAGAAGUGUCAAUGCUGUGCAGAAUAUCAAAGAAAGUGGAAUCUUGGUGAAAUAUUGGUGAAAUUUUUUGUUUUCAGAGCAAUAUUUGAGAUGACUAAGGCUAACAGUUUUUAUUAGAUGGAUGUCAAAGGUGAAUAAAUAAAGCUGAAGUUGAUAACAGCUGAGUACACUCAAAGCCUUGUUUUUUUAAACUAAAAAUGAAUUGCCA